CUGGCUCAUUCCAGCAAUAAUGGGUCUGAGGUCUCAAAGAGGAAGCAGAGGAAGCGCGCAACUUCCCGCAGCUUCCGCCUUGCUGCUAUCACCAGGAAUGUCAGCCCGUCUUUGAUUUCAGACAACCAUAGUUCCACCGUAGUGUUAUGUACAGCACAUAGGUAACCUCGAACAACUCCAAGAUGCCGUCCGAUACAGUACGAAGAGAGGCCUCCCACGCAGGAUCGUGGUAUACGGGCUCAGGAGGCAAACUGUCCACCGAGCUCGACUACUGGCUCUCCAAAGUCCCGACGACCUCAACAACGGGGUCCCUGAGCUCUCAUGACCUACCCAUCUCCAAAUGCCGCGCCAUUAUCGGACCGCAUGCGGGAUACUCAUACAGCGGACCGACCGCGGCGUACGCGUACAAAUGUGUAGAUGCAGAGCCUAUAAAACGCGUGUUCAUUCUGGGGCCGAGCCAUCAUGUAUACCUGGACGGAUGUGCGCUGUCUCAGUGCACGGUCUAUGAGACACCGCUGGGAGAUUUACAAUUGGAUCUGGAGGUGAUCGAGGAGCUUCGAGCGACGGGCAAGUUCUCGGAGAUGACCCUUCAGCAGGAUGAGGAUGAGCAUAGCAUCGAGAUGCAUAUUCCGUAUCUGUUCAAGAUCAUGGAGUCAAAGACAGAACCAUACACCGUCAUCCCAAUCCUAGUCGGCUCCAUCAACGCCACCAAAGAAGCCCUCUACGGCAAGCUCCUUGCCCCGUACCUCUCCGACCCCACCAGCCUCUUUAUCAUCUCCUCCGAUUUCUGCCACUGGGGCCGUCGAUUCUCAUACACCAACAAAGGCCCCGCGGAAGACAAAGCGAGCGGGAUGCCCAUAUAUGAGGGAAUUGAGAGUUUGGAUCGUGAGGGGAUGGGGAUUAUCGAACGCGUUGACCCGACGGCGUUUACCGAGUAUUUGAAACGGACGAAGAAUACGAUUUGUGGACGGCACCCUAUUGCGGUGCUGUUGAAUUCUAUUGUGGCGCUUAAGGAGGCAAACGCAACAAAAACAGCAGAAAUCAAGUUCACGCACUACGCUCAGUCUAGCAAAGUCACUAGCGACAAGGAUAGUUCCGUAUCCUAUGCGUCGGCGUAUGUGUAUCUUGAUCUCUAGUACCGUGCUACAGCACGGCUCCGAUCGACAGCGAUGGGCGGCUGAGCGAGCCCAGCAUAAGGAACUUCCUGCCCGAGUCCAACACAUCGCCGCCAAGAAAUGUAUUAUUUUGAUAGUUCGUAGCCCUAGGUUUUUGUUCGGUUUUGGUUUUGAAAAGUCUCCCCGCUGUAUUCUUUUUUUCUUUUUGCUUAGUAGUACGUCGAUAGCUGGUUCGGUCGCGAUAAUAAUGUAAACCAUGUACCUAAAGGAGGCAUAUUGCAAAUUCAAUUUCAGGCUAUGGCUGAAUGUGCUGCUGA